AUGAUUUGCAAGCACUACUGUGCACAUCUUGUCAAUAGUUUAGCAGUUGAAAAAGAAGUUCGCCGCACUUACUAUACCAUCAAAACACAACCAAGGGAUAUAAGCAUUGAGGCUGAAAACAAAGGGGAUGAAAAUAUUUAUUUACACUUCAGCUCGAUUUCGCCAUGCUUUGAAAGCAUUCAGACAACAACUAGACUGUUGUUGCAGCAUCUCAAAAGUGUGGAUCAUCCGUUCGUAGCACUGCGAUUGUUUCAGGUUGGCGCAGACUGUAUGGGUGGACUGUCAAAACCCUCGUGUCAAAACAAGAUCAAACGAGGAGUGUUGCACUGUAUUCAAUCGAAAGGAUCAGCAACGGACCAUGCCAACAAGUCAGAUUGUCACCGUGGUACACGAGAUACGAGCGACAGAUGCUCAUGCCAUUCAAAUCAAUAA